ACAUAGUCUGAGACAUUUCGAAUAACAGUAAGUAGUCAUAAAGAAGAGUUCAAAUUCGACCUACUUUAAAGUAAAUCAACAACGCACCUUGAAGUCUGUUAAAUCAGGAACAAUCAAUUCUGGGAUUCUUUCAGAUAAGGAAAUAAAAAAUAUUGUUGUAAGAUUUCUUCGCUUCUUAUUAGAAGUAAUUGGUCUACGAUGGAUUCUUCAUCAGCAGAACAUCCUAGAAAUUUAAUCCCAGAACUAUGCAAGCAAUUUUAUCAUCUAGGAUGGGUUACAGGAACAGGUGGUGGAAUCAGCAUAAAAUUGGACAACAAAAUAUUUAUCGCCCCAUCAGGAGUGCAAAAAGAAAGACUACUCCCUGAUGAUUUAUUUGUACAGGACAUGUCUGGAAAUGAUUUGGAAUUACCACCAAAGGAGAAAAAACUUCGCAAAAGUCAAUGUACGCCACUCUUCAUGUGCGCUUACAAGUUUCGAAAUGCAGGUGCCGUGAUACAUACACAUUCUAAAGCAGCUGUUAUGGCAACCAUGCUUUUUCCUGGAAAAGAAUUCAGAUGUACACAUCUAGAAAUGAUAAAGGGAAUCAGGAACCAUAAACUAAGUAGAAACUAUCGCUAUGAUGAACAACUGAUCGUUCCUAUUAUUGAAAAUACACCAUUUGAAGAAGACUUGACUGAACGCUUGUCGGAAGUUAUCAAUUCGUAUCCAGAAACUUGUGCUGUUUUGGUCAGGAGACAUGGAGUUUAUGUUUGGGGUGAUUCUUGGCAACAAGCGAAAACUAUGACAGAAUGUUAUGAUUAUCUUUUUGAUAUCGUUGUGCAGAUGAAACUGCAUGGGCUGAAUACAGAUCUUACUCCUCUCCAGUAUGAAUUAAAGUUUCAGAAAGAAGAAAAGGAGGCCAAGAAACAUGACCAAUGAAGAAUAUAUUGAAAUUAACUUUAUAUGAUAUUUUCCCAAAUAAAUAUAGAUAUAUUUAA